AUGGCCCUUACUCAAAUGAAUGAACAACCCAAAAUGAAAUAUUCGAGAAAUAACAAAACAAUCUGCUAUUGUACAAAUUAGAAAAGUGGAAGAGGCUUCUAGAGUCUCAUCUGGUGUCUCUUCGAUUGCCUCUCCAGAAACUCGCUUCUCGAUUUCAAGCUUCAUUUUUAACAUGACCUCCCUUCAAAUCCAUUCUUUAUGAUAUUUUGCUUAUCUCCAGCUAUUGGUACCAACAAGGAUGAGUUCUCAAAUUUGUCACUCAAUGGGUUGAAUCCCAAUGGGAUUAAUACCACCAUUUGAGCUGGAUAUAUGAACUCAUCCAUGUAGUACUUAUAUUGGAGUAGUAAAUUCUAGUUUCUUUAUGAAAUUAAUUUCAUUCAUGUACUUUGUAACUCCUUUUACAAACCACCUUCUAAUGAUGAAGUGUAGCUGAAGAAGGCCACCUAAAAAACCAAAUUUUUGAUUCACAACUCAUUGUCCUAAUAUGAACUAUUUGAGUUUGAGGCGCUUUCACAAAAGACACUCUAAUUCUCACAAAUUUCAUGAAAACCUACUCAAUGAAGCCUUCUUCGACUCAAAGUUGUCAAACCAGGUUUAGAAGCACGAGAUCCCAAGCAUCCUUAAUAGAACAGACGUUCAGCAGCAAGACUAACAAUUGGUGCGAACAGAUCAAAUUCCAUUUUGGGGUUUUAGAUCUUGAUGUUGCACUUUACUCUGAAAAGCCAACUACUAUUAAUGAAGCUAGCAGUGAUGAAGAAAAGUCUUAUUAUAAGAACUGGGAUCGGUCUAACAUAUUAGGCCUAAUGUUCAUGCGAAUGAAUAUUGCGGGCAAUAUUAAGACUACUCUUCCCAAAACUGAAAGUGCAAAAGAACUUCUGAAACUUGUGGAAGAGUCUUCCCAAACUGCUGAUAAGUCUCUUGUUGUGACACUAAUAGGUAAUUUGACCACUAUGAAGUUUGAUGGUUCACGUACUAUGCAUGAGUAUGUCAUUGAAAUAAUAAAUAUAGCAGCAAGACUUAAGUCAUUGGGAAUAGAAGUGGAACAGAAUUUCCUUGUGCAGUUCAUUAUCAACUCAUUAUCGUCUAAGUAUGGUCCUUUCCAAAUGAACUACAACACCAUAAAAGACAAAUGGAACGUGCGUGAAUUGCAUGGUAUGCUGGUUCAAGAGGAAACGAGGCUAAAGAAUCAAGGAACCCACUCCAUUAAUUGUGUAAAUCAUCAAGGAGUUGAAAAAAAAAAAAGAAACAUGGUAAGGGACAACAGAAGCAACUUAAUGUUAAUCAGUCCUCAUCUCAAGUACAUAAGAAAGGAAACAAGAAUGGAAAGUGUCAUUUCUAUGAAAAAUCUGGACACUUUCAGAAAGAUUACCUAAAACGUAAGAGAUGGUUUGAGAAGAAAGGGAUUCCUUACAAUCCAAACCAUGAAGAAGAAUGAAAGAUUUGUUUACAUAGGGAAUAGAGUGAAGGCUCUAGUUAAAGCUGUCGGGACUUAUCGUCUGAUUCUCGAUACUGGGCGUCACUUAGAUUUAGUUGAAACUUAUUAUGUUCCUUCUCUUUCAAAAAAUUUAGUUUGUUUGUCUAAGUUGGAUAAGACUGGAUAUUCCUCUAAUUUUGGUAAUGGAUGUUUUAGUUUGUUUAAGAAUAAUUAUCUCAUUGGUACUGGUACUCUUUGUUAUAAUUUGUACAAAUUGAAUCUUGAUAAUCUGUUUAUCGAAAUACUCUUAACUCUGCAUCAUAAUGUUGGAACCAAACGAAGUUUUGUGCAUGAACAAUCUGCUUACUUGUGGCAUAAACGUUUAGGUCACAUAUCUAAAGAAAGGCUGGAAAGAUUAAUUAAGAAUGAAAUUCUUCCAGAUUUAGAUUUUACUGACCUUAAUAUUUGUGUUGGUUGUAUUAAAGGAAAACAAAUAAAAAGCACAAAGAAAGGAGCCACAAGAAGCACACAACUUCUUUAAAUUAUACACACUGAUAUAUGUGGUCCUUUUGAUAUCACAUCUUUCAAUAAAGAAAAAUAUUUUAUCACUUUUAUUGAUGACUUUUCACGUUAUGGAUAUAUCUAUUUUUUGCAUAAAAAAUCUCAAGCGAUUAAUGCCUUAGAGGUAUUUAUUACUGAGGUUGAAAGACAACUACAUAAAAAGGUGAAAAUAAUCAGGUCUGAUAGAGGUGGUGAAUAUUAUGAAAGAUAUGAUGAAAGUGGACAACACCCAAGUCCAUUUGCUAAAUUCCUCGAAAAGCGUGGCAUAUGUGCUCAAUACACAAUGCCUGGCACACCACAACAAAAUGGUGUGGCAAAAAGGCAUAAUCGUACAUUAAUGGAUAUAGUUAGGAGUAUGUUAAGUAAUUCAUCUUUACCUCCUUCUUUAUGGAUGUAUGCUUUAAGGACUACUGUUUACUUGCUAAAUAGGGUUCCCAAUAAAGUAGUCCCAAAGACAUCUUUUGAACUGUGGACUGGUAGGAAAGCUAGUUUGAGGCACCUGCAUGUUUGGCGUUAUUCGGCAGAAUUUAGAGUUUAUAAUACACUAGAAAAGAAACUGAAUUCAAGAACAAUCAGUGGUUUCUGCAUUGGUUAUCAAAAAAAUCAAAGGGGUAUAGAUUUUACUUUCCUAAUCAUAGUACGAGAAUAGUUGAAACUGGAAACGCUAGAUUCAUUGAGAAUGGUGAAGUUAGUGGGAGUGAAGAACCACAUAAUGUUGAAAUUAAAGAAGUUAGAGUACGAAUUCCUCUACCCUGUACUUCUUUUAAAUUUGUUGUUCCUAAAGAUGUUGUACAACAAAGUAAUCAACAAGAACAACAAAUUAAUACUCCUAAUAAUGAAGCCAUAAUUGAUGAACCUAUAGUAGAUGAACCACAAGAAGUAGCAUCAAGAAGAUAUCAAAGACAAAGGAGAUCUAUUAUUUUUGAUGAUUAUUUGGUACAUCUACAUGAGUCAGAAACUGACUUGGGAAUUGAUGAUGAUCCAGUUUCAUUUUGACAAGCCAUUGAAAGAAUAAUUCUGAUAAAUGGAUAAAUGCUAUGAAAUAUGAGUUAAAAUCUAUGGAACAGAAUGAAGUUUGGGACCUUGUUGAAUUACCCGAAGGUUACAAAAGAGUUGGGUGUAAAUGGGUCUUUAAGACCAAACGUGACUCAACUAGCAACAUCGAACGUCACAAGGCCAGACUUGUUGCCAAAGGUUUCACUCAAAAGGAUGGCAUUGACUAUAAAGAGACAUUUUAAACCUUCUCUAGAAAAGAUUCACUUGAAAUUUUAAUGGCCUUGGUAGCUCAUAAUGACUUAGAGCUACAUCAAAUGGAUGUGAAAAUAGCCUUUCUGAAUGGAAAUUUAGAGGAAGAGUUCAUAUGAAUCAACCUAAGGGGUUUUCUAUUAAAGGAAAUGAAAACAUGGUGUGUAAGCUUAAGAAGUUAGUAUAUGGACUUAAACAAGCUUCCCGACAAUGGUAUCUUAAGUUUAACGAAAUGAUUGUCACCUUUGGAUUUAAAGAAAACACUAUUGAUCGGUGUAUAUAUCUAAAGGUCAGUGGCAGUAAGUUUAUUAUGUUAGUCUUGUAUAUUGAUGAUAUUUUGUUAGCUACUAAAGAUCUUGGUUUGUUACAUGAUACCAAGAAAUAUCUCUCUAACAACUUUGAAAUGAAAUAGAUGGUUAAGGCAUCCUAUGUGAUUGGGAUAGAAAUAUUUCAAGAUAAAUCACAAGGAUUGUUGGGAUUGUCUUAGAAAACCUAUAUUAAUAAAGUAUUAGAGAGAUUUAGAAUGGAAAAAUACUCAUCAAGUCCCAUUCCAAUUCAGAAAGGAGAUAAGUUUAGUCUCAAUCAAUGUCCAAAGAAUGACUUGGAACGAAAGCAAAUGAAAGAUAUUCCUUAUGCAUCAAUAGUUGGGAGUCUUAUGUAUGCCUAAACAUGUACAAGACCAGACAUCAGUUUUGCUGUUGGAAUGCUGGGUCGAUAUCAAAGUAAUCCUGGAAUGGAUCACUGGAAGGCUGCAAAGAAAGUGUUGCAAUACUUACAAGGAACGAAAGAUCAUAUGCUCACUUAUAGAAGAUCUGAUCAUUUUGAUAUGGUUGGAUAUUCAGAUUCAAAUUAUGCUGGUUGUGUGGAUACAAGAAAAUCCACAUUUGGAUAUUUGUUUCUAUUAGCUGGAGGAGCAAUAUCAUGGAAGAGUGUGAAGCAGUCUGUUAUAGCUGCAUCCACUAUGGAAGCUGAGUUUGUGGCAUUCUUUGAGACCACAGUCCAAGCUAAUUGGCUGUGGAAUUUUAUUUUAGGAAUUGGACUAGUCGACAAUAUAGCCAGGCUGCUGAAAAUUUAUUAUGAUAAUACCGCCGCAAUUUUCUUCUCUAAGAACGAUAAGUAUUCAAAAGGUGCUAAGCAUAUGGAAUUGAAAUACUUUUUGGUUAAAGAAGAAGUCCAUAAACACAAAGUGUUAAUUGAACAUAUUAGCACUAAGCUUAUGAUUGUUGAUCCUUUGACGAAAAGAUUACCGCCCAAAACAUUUAUUGAACAUGUUGAAAGGAUGGGUCUUAUUGAUAGCAAUGAAUGAUUUUAUG